CAAAAGACGAGAUGAUAGAUGAUAGGCCGAUAUUGAAACCCCCUAAUAUUGUCAUUCUCAUAGCUGAUUUCCAAACAUAUUUGACUGGAAGUCGCUCGACAUGUUGGUCAUCGGUCUGACAGGCGGUAUUGCUUCUGGCAAAUCUACGGUAUCAUCCUACCUGCACAACCAUCAUGGUCUUCCUAUUAUCGACGCCGACUACCUCGCUCGAGCGGUGAUCGAACCAGGGACCGCGGGCUACCACGCCAUCAUCAAACACUUUGGCAAACGGGUCCUUCAAGACGACGGCGUACAGCUCGACCGUAAGGCCAUCAGCGAUAUCGUUUUCAAUGAUGAGAAGGAGAGGAAAGUUCUCAACGGGAUCGUACAUCCCGCUGUACGGAAAGCCAUGGCUUGGGAGGUGAUGCGAUGCUGGAUGCAGGGACACUGGGCGUGCAUCUUGGACGUACCCCUUUUGAUCGAGGCGGGACUGUACAAAUGGGUCGGAGAGAUUAUCGUAGUCUAUGUCAACGAAUCCCUUCAACUCGCCCGUCUUCAAGACCGCCCUUCCCCGAACCCGAACGAAUCCCGCCUAACCUCCUCCCAAGCCCAAGCACGGAUACGUAGCCAGAUGCCUCUCUCUGGCAAGUUGAAAUACGCCGACUACGUAGUUGACAAUUCCGGUACGAAACCCGAACUCGAGAAACAGCUGGACGUAUGGGUCAACAAGAUCAAAAGCCGGAGUGCGGGGUGGAAGAAGACGGUUUAUUGGUUGAUACCCCCAGUGGGGCUAUGGGGCGCUUUGAUGACGCUGGCAGCGAGGGGUUGGAAACGGUAUAGAGCAAAGUUGUAACGCUAAAGACUAGCCUGUAGGUUAUUUACGAUCCCAUCGUCGCGUCUGACUUCGCUGGCAGUCAUCACAGAGUCCUGCAGGCUCUUGCUUGUGCCCUGCAACGUGUGAGUGGAAGAGGUGAGAACGAGGCGAUGGUCAUGCCGAGUAUAUACCAGCAAAUCUCCGUAUCGUUGA